AUGUUGAUUGGCCUUCUCUUUUUUUUCCAGAGCUCCGACAGCAGUCAUGUGCAGGAAUCAGACGAAGCGGCCCCAGCCUUCGGUUCCUAUCACCAACAAUACUGGUUAGACGGAGAGAAGCUGAUUGCUGUCGGGGUCGUAGACCUCCUGCCCGGAUGCCUCUCCUCUGUCUACCUCUUCUACCAUCCAGAUUACGCAUUUCUACGUCUUGGUACCUAUGCCGCCCUUAGGUUCGCUCGUGAGCUUCCUGUCUAUUUUAUUGCUUCCUUCUUUUACCCCCCUGGUUGUUACUGUCACUUGGCGUAGUCUGACUCGAGGGUUGUGAGCUCUUUUUCAGGCCUUUAGGUGGUGUGCAUAUGCCAUAUUGGGGUGUGGCCCAGUUGUUGGAUGAUGUCGCGCCAAUGGGGAUCCCUGCCGCCCCUAUUUUUGUUGUUUAAAAUCCUGGGCAAGUGUUUCUUGUGGACCAGAGGGUGCAAUGGUACGCCUGGGUGUGGGUUUACGUCGUCCCAGCCCCCUGCAGCCUCUUCCUCCUCCUCCGGUCUUCUUGGCUGUAUCCUGACAUGCGACCCAGGUAGGGGGGGGGGAAGGAGAUAGUGAGGUUUGUUCCGCGCAAGUCUACUACCCGACUGUAAAGCACACGGUGCCAUGGAGGCCACACUAGGGAGCCAUUGCAGCCCGUCCGGAGAGGACCCAGCCAAACAUGUACAGUAGAUGUUCUAUCUUAUUUAAUGUUAAAAAAAAUCCUGAAAUUCGUUUUCCAUUUGAAAGGAUUGCUUAGGUAGAGCUCUCAUGUUGAUUAUCAUGUCGCAUAAAGCCAAUCUAGUCCAGUCACGCUAGGAUGCCGGCUUUCAUCGGCCACAUGCGUAAACUGCAUUCCUUGAAAAAUGAGGGCUUAUGCAGCAUGAAUCUUCCCCAUUGAUUCUCGGUGUGUUUUAUAGAAAACGUGUACAAAAAUAUUCAAUUUUUAUUCAUUUGGUGGCAAAUUGUAUCUUCAAAUUUUAUACCCGAAGAAAGAGUAUCCUUAGAUUUUAAAAAAGACUAUAAUUAUGUCAUUUCCCAAGACUGUGAAUGUCCAAUCAUACGUCAUCGCAUCAACACAUUUAUUAAUUCUGACUGUAAAGUGGACGACUUGGUCCACAUCGGUUGAAUAAUCUCAUGAGUCUUUUUUGACCUCUUCUAAAUAACGUUUAGAAAUAUAUGAUUCUCUUUGCACGGAAAGUCCAAGGUUUAUAGUUUGGAAACCUCGAAUACAAAUGUGACGGAAGGUCUUGUUAAAGAUUAUUCCAGAAAUUGAAAAUGUUUUUAAAAACCGGAAGAUACUCUUUCAACUAGUAUAAAAUUUCAGGAAGACGUGGUUUGCUACUAAAUGAAUGAAUUGGUAAUAUUUUUGCACACGUUCUCUAUAAAAUAAAUUUGAAUUUAUAAAGGCGUCGAAAAUCAAUGGAGAAAACUCACGCUGCAUGAGCGGUGGUCGAUGAGAAGUUCUUUUGAAAGCCGGCAUCCUAGCGUGACUGGACUAGCUUGGCAUUAUGCGACAUGGUAAUUAACAUGACAGCCCUACUCAAGCAAUCCUUUCAAAUUGGAAACGCAUUUCAGAAUUUUGGUUAACAUUACGUAAGAUAGGCUAUCUGCUGUACGCGUUCACUGGGUCCUCUAUGGACGGAGGGCCAGGCUGCAACGGGUCCUUAGUGUGGCCUCCGUGGCACUCCCGCUAAGUUGGGGUCCGAGCCGUCCAUUUAUUGUUUUGGGGAAGACCUGGCCCAUCGUGCGCGGACCCGGCGUGCGUGGCAUUCGCAGACAGGCCGUGUAGCGUCCGACCCCGCACCCAGUCUUCUUGACAGCGGGCCAGGUUGAUGAGGAGUCCGGUACAGGCUACGCAAGUCCACUACGACCGCUGCUACUACUACUACUACUACUACCGGCACUACUACUACGACUACUAACACCACUACUACUACUUAUACUACUACUACUGCUGCUGCUACUACUACUACUACUACUACUACUACUACUACUACUACUACUACUACUACUACCACUACUACUACUACUAUUGCUGCUGCUACUACUGCUGCUGCUGCUACUACUACUACCACUACUACUACUUCUACUGCUACUGUAAACUACUUCACGCGCCAAUCACAACGGAGACGGCUUUCCUAGGGCUUUUUUGACGACGCCGAUCCUGCACUUCGUUUAGACUUAAUGGCGCAGGUACGCAAUGCUGUCCGGGUGAAUGUAUCACGUUUCUGCCUUAUUGUUUGUUUGUAGAUUUUACUUUCCUCCUCUUUUUAUUACCUUGUCAGGGAGAUCGCAUUCGUGCGAGACUUGUACAGGCGCUACGGUCCAACCAGCCCUCGCCCAGACAGCCGGUUCGCCGACUUCACUUAUUACUACGCCGGUUACUACAUCCACUCAUGCCAAAAGAUGCGCUACAAGGCCCUGUUCUCGCCUUCCAGCCUAGCCUGUCCCGAAACCUACCAUUGGGUGCCGGUGGAACGCUGUACCCCUCUGCUGGACCAACACCCGUUCGCGCGUUUUUCUGACCCCUCGGAACGUGACGAGGACUCAGUGGAGGCCCUGUCCGACUCGGAACUGCUUUCCAGACUGCAGUGUCUCCUGCCUCGGUCGGACUCCCUACUGAAAUGCCUGCCUUCGCGCAGUUAUUCCACCUGGUCAGAGGAAGGGGACACCGGUCCCCUGCGCAUCCUGCUGUCUGUGCGCGUCGCCUCUCGGGUGCUGACGGAUCGAGCUGUCAGUCAGGCCCUCCAAUGGGCCCGUCUGGUCGGCAGAUCCUGCCUGGACGGACGGAUAAAAAUAAACUUUGGGAACUAG